AUGUCGCCUCUCCAGUCCAUCACAAACGCCCUCCCCUCCCUCGGCAAGGCCCGCCUCCUCAUGAACUCGGCUGAUGACGUCGUCAUCGUCUCGACCGUCCGUACCCCGCUCACCAAGGCCAAGAAGGGUGGUUUCAAGGACACUCUCCACGAGGACCUCCUCAAGGCCGUCCUUGUCGAGGUCGUCAAGCGCGGCAAGGUCGACCCCACCACCAUUGGCGACAUUGUCGUCGGCAACGUCCUGCCUCCUGGCUCGGGCGCCACCAUCGGCCGCAUGGCCCAGCUCGCCGCCGGCAUUCCCUACACCGUCCCCAUGCACACGCUCAACCGCCAGUGCUCGUCGGGCCUGCAGUCGGUCGUUGAUGUCGCCAACGCUAUCAGGGCUGGCGACUACGACAUCGGUCUCGCUGCCGGUGUCGAGUCCAUGACCGAGCACUACGGUGCCGGCACCAUGCCCGCUGCGCUCUCGGACAGCAUCAUGUCGUACCCCGAGGCCGCCGACUGCCUGAUGCCCAUGGGUAUCACCUCGGAGAACGUAGCCAAGGAGUACAAGGUUUCGCGUGAGGCGCAGGACGAGUUUGCAGCCAAGUCGUACCAGAAGGCCUACGCCGCCCAGCAGGCCGGCAAGUUCAAGGAGGAGACUGUCCCCGUUAAGACCAAGUGGGUCGACCCCAAGACCCAGGAGGAGAAGGAGAUCAUUGUCGACCAUGACGACGGCAUCCGUGACGGUGUGACCAAGGAGUCGCUCAGCAAGCUCAAGCCCGCCUUCUCCAAGACGGGCUCGACCCACGCUGGUAACGCCUCGCAGAUCACCGAUGGUGCGGCCGCCGUCCUCCUCGCCCGCCGCAGCGUCGCCCAGAAGCUCGGCCUCCCCAUCCUCGCAAAGUACGUUACCAACGCUGUCGUCGGUGUUCCCCCCAAGGUCAUGGGCAUUGGACCCGCCUUUGCCAUUCCCGCCGUCCUCGCCAAGGCCGGCAUCUCAAAGGAGGACGUUGACAUCUACGAGAUCAACGAGGCCUUUGCGUCCCAGGCCCUCAUGACCAUCCUCCACGUCGGCCUUCCUCAGGAGAAGGUCAACCCCGUCGGCGGCGCCAUCGCCUUUGGCCACCCCCUCGGCGCUACUGGCGCGCGCCAGAUUGCCACUGCCCUCGCCGAGGCCAAGCGUGAGAAGGCCAAGAUCAUCGUCACCUCGAUGUGCAUUGGUACCGGCAUGGGCAUGGCAGCGGUUCUGGUGAACGAGCAGUAG